GGCUGAAUCUGAAUUCCAGCUGUCAAGAUGAGAGGGAUCCCAUCAUGCCUAAAAGGAAAGAGGUCGAGUUGGGAAAUUAUACACUAAGGAAACAUUGAAGUUUCCCAGAUUCAAUGGCAAAUUUAAGUGGCUGUCCCAACUCUUGACACACCUUUUUGGGCAACAUGGAUUUGCUGGAAUUUACUUUGCAAAGGGUUCUUAAAAAGUAAUAUUUGCCUCCUAAGCUUUGACCAUCUUCCUUGGUUUCAGUAAUGGCCAGCAAAAGGAAAUCCACAACGCCUUGUAUGAUACCGCCUAAGACACUGGCAUUACAGGAGUCACAGUCAGCCUCUGUUGAUGUUGUUCAUGAAGGAACUCAACAAUCUGUUUCUCCAGCCAGUCUGCCUAUUAGUGAUACUGUUGUUAAUAGCAAUCACAACAGUGGGACGUUGUCCAAUGGAUAUAAUGGUAUUGUAGAUGGUGAUACAUACAGAUGCACAUAUUGCAGUUUUGGCUCUCAAGAUGUUAAUCAGUUCCUUGCUCACAUUGAUUCUGAGCACAUAGACUUUAGCAAAGGCCCCUCCUUUGUGUGUGUGCAGUGCAGUUUCCUGGUAAAGAGCCACAAAGAGCUGUCUUGUCACAAUGCAGAGCACCAUGCUGGCAAAACCAGCUUAAUCUGGAAUGUUGUGAAGCAAGGCAAUCACAUUGUAGUGGAGCAAACCAUUAGAAAUACUGGCACCAACAGCAAUCAAGAUCUUCUGGGGGAUCUCCCUGAGGAAGGCCAAGAUAGUCAAGCUGAAAUUAUUAUUACCAAAACCCCCAUUAUGAAAAUAAUGAAGACAAAACCAGAAGUUAAGAAGAUCCACAUGCUGAAAGAAAAUGUAUCUAGUAAACUGGUCAAGGAUCUGGAGACAAAAGGUGGUGAACGGCCAUUUGCCAAUGGAUCUGUGCCAGUGAGCCAGUCGACAACAGGCACAGUCAAAUCGACACACGUUCUCAAUGGCUCAAUAAUAGGCAACGUGCCUGUUUUGCAAGCAGGCAUCACCCAACUUGUGCAACUGCAGCAGCAACCACAAGUUCACCAGCAGCUACCCACAUCAAAAUCCCUUCCCAAGGUAAUGAUUCCCUUGAGUAGUAUCCCAACCUACAAUGCAGCAAUGGACUCUAACAGUUUUCUGAAAAACUCUUUCCAUAAGUUCCCUUACCCUACCAAAGCUGAGCUUUGCUAUUUGACUGUGGUGACCAAAUACCCAGAAGAACAGCUGAAGAUUUGGUUUACAGCCCAGAGGUUGAAACAGGGUAUUAGUUGGUCGCCCGAGGAGAUAGAAGAUGCACGGAAGAAAAUGUUUAACACUGUGAUUCAAUCUGUGCCCCAGUCCACCAUUACAGUAUUGAAUACACCUCUUGUUGCAAGCCCCAGUAGUGUUCAGCAUCUCAUUCAUGCCAGUUUGCCUGGACAUUCGGUUGGAAAACCUGAAGGAGCAAGUGGUGUGCUGGUCACCCAACCAAUAAUAACAAAUGGACUUCAAGGAACAACCUCAUCUCUUGCCAUAGCAGUAACGUCCAUUCCAAAGACCCAGAUUGCUAAGCCGCCAACCACUAUGUCGGUUUCUAGUACUCCAUCCACUGUGAAAGUGGUCAGUGCUGCUCAGUCCCAGCUCACUGCUUGCCCAAACAUAACAUCACAGAUGUUCUUAGAUCCCAACAUUUACAAAAAUAAGAAGUCUUAUGAACAGCUGUCUGCACUAAAAAAUAGCUUCUGUAGGAAUCAGUUCCCUGGUCAUGCCGAAGUUGAACGGCUGACAAAAAUCACAGGACUUAAUACGAGGGAUGUUCGAAAAUGGUUUAGUGAUAGGAGAUACCAUUGUCGAAAUAUAAGAGCCAGCAAGGCAGUCCAUCUUGGAGACAAUACAAUAAUCAUUGAUUCUGUACCUGAAAUUACCUUUACCUCCUCCCUCAAACCAACCCCAGAGUUAACUUCCAUAUCAGCAGCUGCGCCUGUUGUUCACACCCCAACCCGCCGACAAUCCUGGCACCAGACCCCUGAUUUCUCCGCUACAAAGUAUAAAGAGAGGGCUCCGGAACAGCUCAGAGCUUUGGAAAGCAGCUUUGCACAAAACCCAUUUCCUCUUCAGGAGGAAGUGGACCGUUUGAGAACUGAAACCAAAAUGACAAGGAGAGAGAUUGACAGCUGGUUCUCCGAGCGAAGGAAAAAACAAGUGAUUAAAGCAGAGCAAUGCCUAGACGAAGAUGCUGCAGACGACUCAGUGGAAGAGGGAGACUCUUCAGAUGACCUGAGAGCUUCAAGCGAAAAUGGCUCCUUGGAUGCAGCCAGCAGCUCUCAAACGUCAGGUGAGCGCAAAGUGACCCCUAUAAAAAUUAACCUCAAGAACUUUAAGGUGACUGAGUCGAAUUGCAAAAGUGAGUUGCCAGGCUUGUGUAAAGAUGUUCAGAGAGGGAGCUCUUCUAGCAGGGCUCCUGUGCCCCCAAAACGCAAGCCAAACUUUAAAAAGACUGCUCAGCAGAGGCAUUUGCUUAAACAGCUCUUUGUACAGACCCAGCGGCCUACAAAUGAACAAUAUGACCGAAUAUGUUCUCAGUCAGGCCUUCCCAGGACUGAAGUGAUUCGCUGGUUUGGGGAUAGCCGCUACGGUUUAAAAAAUGGGAAUUUGAGGUGGUAUCAGAACUACAAGCAUGGCAUCUUUCCAAAAGGCCUAGCCCUAGCAACUUCCGAUGAGGCCGGCAAGGAGAUCCUCCAGGACUAUUUCCAAAAGAACAAGGAGCUUUAUGAAGAUGACCUCCCGGGUCUCUGUGAGAGAACUCAAAUGACCACUCCACAGGUCAGGUUGUGGUUUGCUGAAAGGGUAGACGAUGAUAACAAGGCAAUAUCGGACACAGGCAGCGAAGAUCAGUCUUCAAGUGUUGGCGAGCCAGCCAGCAGCCAAAAAGGGACGACGGAUGCCUUUUCAGAAGUUUCUGAAAACAGUGAAUCCUGGGAGCCUGGAGGUCAAGAUGGCAGCUCCGAGCUUGGAGAUACAGAGAGUCAUCCACCUGCAGUUCACUUUGAAACAGAUUGAACCAGCGCGGCCUCUCUCCGGAAGGAUCUGCUGUUAACUUUGUGAGGACUCGGCAGCUGUGGGGCUCAGCCUGAAUCUCCAUUGAAAGGUCCUAAGGAAGCACUGCCAUGAUGCCAAGAUCUUCUUCUUUUUUCUUUUUUUUUUGGAAAAGCAAAGCACAUUGGGAAGUUGCAGGGGGUGAGGAAGAGAUCAACCAAGACGAUCUUGGUUUUGGGGUUGCAGUCAAACAGUCUGCUGCCUCAUCUAGCACAUGGACAAAGUCUGGAACAGAGUUGGCAAGAUUUUCUCUCUCAUCUAGAUUACAAUUCUCUGUUUUGUUUUCCAGCGGACAAUUUAUUUCAAGAUUCAUAUCUAUAAUAUGGAAUCAGCUUGUUAAUACUACAAGCUGGGCUGCACACAGUAUCAUGAAUCUGGGGGCAUUGUGUUCAACAUUCUUGAUUUGUAGAAAUGGACUAUCAUUGUCACUAUAUAUUUUGAAUUCUUUCAGUGCUUGUUCCGUGAAGGCUCAGUCACGGCAUAUAUGAUGUUUUGAGUGUCUGGUUCUGGAAGUCUAGGCGGCAAUCUAUACCCACUAACAAGGGAGUAAGUCCUAUCGAAACCAAUAGGAAUUUCUACCAAGUAGACAUGGUGUGUGUGUGUGUGUGUGUGUGUGUGUGUGUGUGUGAGAGAGAGAGAGAGAGAGAGAGAGAAAGUGUUUCAGGUAUAAGUCUGAUGAGGAACAUUCCCACUUCCAUUCACAAAAUUGACACAAUUUUGGGAGGAGGGGGAUAAAUUCUAAUCCAGAAUGUUCUUUUUCUUUAUUGUUAAAAGCAAACAAAUUUAUUAUUUUUAUUAAGAAGACUGUAAGAGUAAAAUGUAAUCCUUCAGUAAAUUGUGGCCAGGAAGGCAUCUAGUUUGCCAACACCACAUGUUACCUACAACCCCACCCUCCCAAUGUAUGGACCAGACACAAUCUGGGCCUGUUCGCAUGUAACAGCUGGAAAUCAUGAGUUAAUUAGAUCCCACACUUUUCUUCAUAGAGGUGCGCUGUUGGUAACUUUUGCCAUUUCCCCCAGUUUUUCUAGCCAUUUAUGAGCUAGAACACUUUUUUCUUUGUUUUUUCCUCCCUGAGCAGCUUUGAGCUAUGCGGAGUACACAGUUAAUCUUACACACUUUCAUAGGAGGGCAUGUCCUACCUACCUGAGUCUUGGCUUACUUAUUAUUUUGAAAACAUUUUAUUUAAUUAUUUUAAUAGUAUGGAAAGUUUUAAUUUAAUGUGCUGGAGUGUAUUUCUAAUGGUAGGAAAUGUUAAUUUAAAUGGGUCAGUGAUUGUCUCUGAGCACCUGUUUUACUGGGUGGACUUAAGGAAGCCUGCUCUUCCUUAGGAUCACCUCUGGAAUCUUCUCUGAAGAUGGUUUUAGAUCCCAGCUGUCAUUUUUUUCUCAAGUUUUCACCCCCAUGUCUCGUCUGGAAGACUGGUUUGUGUAACACUCUUGUUGAGAAACUGAGAGAAACCUCUCUUGUUCCAUCCAAGUUCAAUUAGCUUUAGAGCAUCUUCUCCUUUUGGGUCCAUCUCAAGAAGGAUUUCUCAAGCCAUUGAUUUCAGGACUGUGUGUGUUGCAUAAGCCCACAAAUGCACAAUGUAUUAUUGGCCACAGAAUUCAGUUUUGUGAGAAUCUCAGGGCGUAAAUACACAUAUUGGGUCAGAUCCAGGAUCUCCCUUUUAUGGGUGGAUGGAUGGGCAGAUGGGCUCUGAUCAUGAAAGGUGCCUAUGCCUGAUUUUUUGGGAUUCCCCUCUGCCCCACACAACAGUUCACCUCAUUCAGCAGGGUCCUCCAGACUUGUGUGUAGCACAAGGGCAGGGAACUUCCAAGGGCGAAUUUAACUUUGGAGACGUUCUCAGUUGCUGCAUUCCAAAGACAAAAGGGAUGGUUCUGAAAUACCAAAAAUACUGGUGGAAUUUAAUUUGAUGCUCUUACUGCCAAUAAUGAUGCCUCGGGCAGCAUUUCAACCUUUUAGAAUGGGGGAAAUGUAUUCAAAAGCUGGACAACCACCCAAAGAUCAGUGGUCAGGGGUGAAAGGGGUCUGGCCUGCUCCCCAGUGUAUUGUUUUCAUGGGGCUGGAGGGGCUGCCAUGGGAAGGAGGAGAAGGAGGUCAGCUUCUGCCAGUCCAGUCACACACACCUAAAUCUGGAUCCAACCCUAUGUGUAAUUCUGGGAUUUACUUAUUAAUUGCAUUUUUAAAAAAUUACACAGUGCAGCCACUGAUGGUGCAAUUUCAAAUGAAAGACCAGAACACUAGCUCUGUGUGUGUGUGUGUGUGAGUGUGUGUGUGCACACAUGCAUGCGUGCUUCACCUCUUCUCUUUCCACUUUUAUUGUACAAGAGAAAAAAUACAUUGGUGCAAAAGCUCUUGGCACAGAACUUUUCCUCUAAAAGAUUGCAUGGACAUACACAACCCUGAUUUAAUAUUAAGCAUCAAUCCAUAUAUUGAAGAAAAAGGCACUUGUGAUGCUUGCAUCACAUCUCUGGGAGUUUGCCAUGCAUAGUGCUGCCCUCCAGCACCAUUUAUAUUUGGGUUCAAAAGUCCUCAGGCUUUUACGUAGGUUCUUGGGCUAGUUACUUUUCUGUUAGUCUCACAAGUUUGCCUUCUGGGAUAACUGGCCAAGCCUCACCAUGGCAGCCCUGACACUCUAAAAAUUCCAGAUCUACCCACUAACUCAAAAAGGUUAGAGACCCGUGUUCUAAGUAGAAAAGACUGCUUAUUUCGUAUUGUUUUUCUCCUCCCCGCACAUGCCUAUCCAAGCCUUCUUGACCAUCUCCUGUCAUUUCUUCUGCCCUUCUUUCACGGUUAACGUGUGCCCCCUCCUCAACUGCCUGUUUCUUUCAUCCCUCCCUCCUGCUGCUUUUACAGUCCCUGCCCCCUAUAACAGCUUCUCUCUCUUAUCCCCUUCCUGUUUAUUCCCAGUUCUUUUAAAAUUAUCAUAAUCAUUAAGAAUAUUAGCUUUGCUCUCUUACCAACUUCCGCUGCAUCUCCUGCCUUAUGCAGUAUGCCUGAUGUGGCCAUGCACAGAAGCACUGGGCAGUCUGUCGCACUGAAACCAACCUGAAAGUUGGCCGAGACCCAUUGGUGGGUCCCAACCCACGGGUCGAAAAACAAUGUGUUUGGAGGUUUGACCCAAAGAGUGCAACUUCAUUUUACAGCAAUGCCUUCAGAGAACAAAUGCAGGUAAUUGAUGUGGGGAUACAGUCUUCUCAGGAAUUUGUGGGCCAAUUCCAUUGAAAUGGAUGGGGAUGAAGCUAGAGCUCCCAAAUGGAAAAAGCAGCCUUAAGCACUUCAGUCGAACCGGCACAGGAGCAGUUCUUGGUAGGCUAUACCCUUCCUUUCCUGUGUCUCUCGGUACAUGAGAUUUGUUUGAAAUAUACACAUAUACAGUACAUAUAUGCAGUUACUUUAUGCAGAGCUGCUAUAUUAAUUUUUUUUACAUGUAUAGAUUGCUGUAUAAUUUGAAACCUCACUCCAGUUUGUGAGGAGUACAUGGUUUUUGUGUCUACUUAAAAGGACCGACAGCAUAUGUGAAGUGGCUAUCUUGGUGUCAGCAUGAAAUGAUUACUUAGGGUGUAGCAUGAACGUCCUUACUUGGAAAGUAAGGUUUGCUCACAACCCACUUCCAUGUAACUGUUGUAGAACCAGCUUGGCCAAGCUUAGCAACAGAUUUAACAUUUAGAUUGUGUAUAUGGAUUGCAAGUUCAGGAAUUGCAGGUCAGUUUUAUCCUUUCUUGAUUGGCACGGGAGCAGUUCUUGGAAAAGUCAUGCACAAAUCCACCGGAGCCAGGGCUUGAGGCACGGAGAGGCAUAGCUUCAAGGGAUGUUGUAGUAGCUCAUGAUAAAGUAGAUGAUUAAUAUAAUCAAUGGAUUUGUCCCCUGCUGUAAGCAACAACCAAAUCCAAUACCAGUUCUGCUCCUAAAACAGUGCAGACACCAAGUGCGUGACUGCCUCUGUCUGCAAUGCAGUUAGCUAAUAUGGAUCAAUUCAGUGAAGAGUUUAAUGUGGUUGCUAGCACAUCUGUGCUUGAUCCAACAAUUCUUUGGAGGCAUGUGAGUUCCAGUGGAUGGACACACACACAGAGGGGUACCCUCUG